UGAACUCACGCACUCGGAGCCUCGCGCACGCAAUCUGGCAGAGAUGACACGAGAACAAUAUAUACUAGCAACACCACAGAACAACCUGCCAAGGGCUGAGAAUGCACAGCUUUACCCGGUGGGGAUUUAUGGAUGGCGAAAGAGGUGCUUAUACUUCUUUGUCCUUCUGCUGUUGGUGACCAUGAUAGUUAACUUAGCCAUGACAAUAUGGAUAUUGAAAGUGAUGAAUUUCACUGUGGAUGGUAUGGGAAAUCUGAGAGUCACCAAGAAGGGAAUCCGACUUGAAGGUAUAUCUGAGUUUCUACUUCCAUUGUAUGUGAAAGAAAUUCAUUCCCGAAAGGAUAGUCCACUGGUCUUACAGUCUGACAGGAAUGUAACAGUGAAUGCAAGAAAUCACAUGGGGCAGUUAACUGGACAGCUGACAGUAGGAGCUGAUGCUGUGGAAGCUCAGUGUAAAAGAUUUGAAGUGAGAGCGAGUGAAGAUGGCAGGGUGCUGUUCUCUGCAGAUGAAGAUGAGAUUACCAUUGGGGCUGAAAAGCUGAAAGUUACAGGCACUGAAGGAGCAGUAUUCGGGCACUCUGUUGAAACACCUCACAUCAGAGCAGAACCUUCGCAAGACCUCAGGCUUGAAUCACCCACAAGGUCCUUGAUAAUGGAAGCUCCUCGAGGGGUCCAGGUGAGUGCUGCUGCAGGAGACUUCAAGGCCACCUGCAGGAAGGAGCUCCAUCUGCAGUCUACAGAAGGGGAGAUAUUUUUGAAUGCAGAUAAAAUCCGGCUGGGGAAUCUACCGACCGGCUCUUUCUCAUCGUCUUCACCCAGCUCCUCAAGUUCCCGGCAGACCCUGUACGAACUGUGUGUCUGCCCCAAUGGCAAACUGUACCUUUCUCCAGCGGGAGUAAGCUCCACUUGUCAGUCCAGUAGCAACAUCUGCUUGUGGAGCUGA